AUGAGAUACUUUACAAUUUUAUUAUCACUUACCUCAUUAGCUUUUGGUCAAUCUGAAUUGUUAAAAAAAGAUCACGACGAUUGUGAUGUAUCAAGAAUUGAAUCUUGUCGUGAAGCCAUCAAGAUCAAAUAUGUCAAUUGUGAAAUCUAUGAUAACGACAGUGACUAUGAAUCUGAUACUGAAGAAGAAUAUUAUGCUGAAAAGCAAAUGGAUCGUUGUAUUUGUAAUUUAGAAGAUGAUUAUUUUAACAAGUGGACAGAAUGUGCUAAACAAUGUGGUGCUCAAUUUGACUUGAAACCGGAAAUGAUUAAAAGUUCAGUUUGCUCAGAAGCUCUGAAGAUAAAUACUCGUUUUGCAAGUUAUGUUUCAUCAAGAGAUCAAGCUGAUACACCAGCUUGGUCAGUAACAAAAGUUGAACUGGAUUUACUGAGGACUGAAGUUAUGUCUUCCGAAGUUUCUGAAAUUGUUGCGAUAAUGAAGUCUAUCACUAAUUCUAAUGCAGAAAAUUCAAGCGGGCUAGCAGCAUCAACAGCGGAGGGACCUUCUAGUAGUACUGCUGUUACAAUCGAGUCUACUACACCUUCAACGGUGGCGUCCUCCAGUGGUGCUACUGCCACAACUGAAUCUACUAAAUCUUCAACAGACAGCUCUUCUACAAACGUUGCUGCUACAACUGAGUCAAAUACAUCUACAGCAACUUCUUCUUCCAGUAACAUUGCAGUUACAGUUGGUUGUGGUUCUUUGAUUUCCUUGAUUUUACUAUCUUUAUUGUGA